AUGAUUAGCCACCCCGGGACUGGAUUAGUUCGGGUAGAGGACGACUUUUGUUACGAAAUCAUCGGACGAGUUCUCUCCAUCGACAAACCAAGAAGUCACAUCGCUCGUCAUCUCAACCUGCACUACAACUGCACUGAGAAAUGUACCAUCGAAUGCCAACACAGCGGGACCGUUCAAGAUGAUUGCACUUGCAAAUGCGCGUACGGAUUCUCCGGCUCAAGAUGUGAACAACUCGCCAAGCAAGCCUCAUUUACUGACAGUUCCUGUGGAGUGAUCGACGUUGAGGGCGAUGGAGUCGUCGCCCUGUCCACCUAUCCUUCACCUCGUUCCAAAAUCACUUUCUGCCAAUGGCUUCUCCAGACGUCAGACCCAUGGGCAGUGAUCGAAGUGGACAUCGAACGUCUCGGA